CCGCGCACUGCCAGCCACGAGGGGCGUGGGAUGUGGGAGGCAGAAGAGGGGGCGUCCGCUCGGAUUAGAGCCAACCGCACACUACUAAAGGCUGUGGGGCUGCGCUUCCCUCCAGCGCCCCGGGAACUUCAAAGCAGCUGGCGCUGUCCCGGAGCCUAGCUCGGCUCCGGGGCCUCGCAGCGCCAGCGCGGCCGCUGGGUGGCCAUGACCCGAGCACUCUGCCAGGUUCUCCUGCUGCUCGCCGCGGCCGCCGCCCUCUCGGCAGGACUGAAGUGUGUAUGUCUUUUGUGCGACUCUUCAAACUUCACCUGCCAAACAGAAGGAGCAUGUUGGGCUUCAGUUAUGCUAACCAAUGGAAAAGAGCAGGUGACCAAGUCCUGUGUCUCUCUCCCAGAAUUAAAUGCUCAAGUCUUCUGUCAUAGUUCCAACAAUGUCACCAAAACCGAAUGCUGCUUCACAGAUUUCUGCAACAACAUAACACUGCACCUUCCAACAGCUUCACCAAAUACCCCCAAACUCGGACCCAUGGAGCUGAUCAUUGUUAUCACCGUGCCAGUUUGCCUCCUGUCCAUAGCUGCAGUGCUGACAGUAUGGGCAUGCCAAGGUCGACAGUGCACAUACAGGAAGAAAAAGAGACAGAAUGUGGAGGAGCCUCUCUCUGAAUGCAACCUAGUAAAUGCUGGAAAAACUCUAAAAGAUCUGAUUUACGAUGUGACUGCCUCUGGAUCUGGAUCUGGUCUACCUCUAUUGGUUCAAAGAACAAUUGCCAGGACGAUUGUACUUCAGGAGAUAGUAGGAAAAGGUCGAUUUGGUGAGGUCUGGCAUGGAAGAUGGUGUGGGGAAGAUGUGGCUGUGAAAAUAUUCUCCUCCAGAGAUGAAAGAUCUUGGUUUCGUGAGGCAGAAAUUUAUCAGACAGUUAUGCUGAGACAUGAAAACAUCCUUGGUUUCAUUGCUGCUGACAACAAAGAUAAUGGAACUUGGACUCAACUUUGGCUUGUCUCGGAAUAUCAUGAGCAGGGCUCCUUAUAUGACUAUUUGAAUAGAAACAUAGUGACAGUGGCUGGAAUGAUCAAAUUGGCACUUUCAAUAGCUAGUGGUCUGGCUCAUCUUCAUAUGGAGAUUGUGGGUACACAAGGUAAACCUGCUAUUGCUCAUCGAGAUAUAAAAUCAAAGAAUAUCUUAGUGAAAAAAUGUGAAACUUGUGCCAUAGCUGACUUAGGAUUAGCUGUGAAACAUGAUUCAAUACUGAACACUAUUGACAUACCUCAGAAUCCUAAAGUGGGAACCAAAAGGUACAUGGCCCCUGAAAUGCUUGAUGAUACAAUGAAUGUGAAUAUUUUUGAGUCCUUCAAACGCGCUGACAUCUAUUCUGUUGGUCUGGUGUACUGGGAAAUAGCCCGAAGGUGUUCAGUUGGAGGAAUUGUUGAGGAGUAUCAGUUGCCUUAUUAUGACAUGGUGCCUUCAGAUCCCUCGAUAGAGGAAAUGAGAAAAGUUGUUUGUGACCAGAAGUUUCGACCAAGUAUCCCAAACCAGUGGCAAAGCUGUGAAGCACUCCGGGUCAUGGGGAGAAUAAUGCGGGAGUGUUGGUAUGCAAAUGGGGCUGCCCGCCUAACCGCCCUUCGUAUUAAGAAGACUAUUUCUCAACUUUGUGUCAAAGAAGACUGCAAAGCCUGAUGAUGAUAAUCAUGUUAAAAAGAAAUCUCUCACAGCUUUGUUUCUCAUUUUCCCUCUUUAUGUGAAUGUUUUUGCCUUUUUUUGUUGUUGUUGUUCUACCUCAAAAAUAAUGCAGUACAGUAUUUAAGUGCCCAAAGGCAGCAUGAAAAAAUAACUCUAAAAUUAAGCAUCGGCGGGAGUUGGCUUCAUCCAAUUUUCAUGCUGUCUUUGAUUUUAUUUUGAAAGGCAACACAUCAACUCAUCUAUUUAAUAAAAAAGAUGUUGCAAAAGUGUAAAAUAAGCUAUAUAAAAAUUUAAAGAGUCAUUAAAGUUUUAUUUUACUUGAAUCAAGAGCACAUGAAUGAAUGGGGAAAAGUGUGUUGAAAGGUGAGAUGAAAACAUAUUCAUUAAAAAAUGUGAACUAGAGUGUGUUAUAGCUAAACACACCUUUAGAUGAUGCACUCUAUGGUAUGCUCUAUUUUUUAAUUAGACAGGACCUUUUAAAAAAUUAAAUAUUGCUCCAAACUUUAGUAUAUAAGACAGGUGAAAGUAGAGCUGCUCUGUUGAAAGAUUGAAGUGAGAGUCCCACUUACUUGGUCCCCCGCCACUCUCCCCUGCUCUUCAUAAUCCAUCACCAUUGCAGCAUAUGAGGCCAACAAUUUGAAAGCCACUAAAAUUAUUACUUCCUCUCAUUUACAAAUGGGAUACUUGAUAUCUUGAGUCACUGAGAAGUGUCCCAAAGUCACACUGCUAGUGGUAGAGCUGCCUCUGUGUCCACGUCUUGUGACGAUCCAUACUGUGGGGUUAGCAGGCUUCCUACUGCCAUUUAAUUUCUAUAGUACUUUUCUCCCUGUGUAGAAAUAAUAUCUCUUAUGAUGAUAUUUGUGGUUUAGUAAAACAGAAGACAAAUUGAGUUAUUUCUGCAGAAUCAUAAUGGAUCUGCAUGAAAGCUUAGGACAAUAUUCAUUGAUGUUUUUCUUACAGAACCUUCAUAUUUACCUUAUUUAGAUAUGUACUAAUGAUUUCUGACUACUUUCAGAGAUUAAUCAAGCAUAAAGAUCUCUUGUAAGAAGUAGUCUUAAAGAUGCAUUUUAGAGGUCCCUGCUACUUUUCUAUAUACACUUUUAGAAAGAAAAGAACAGAAAAGGAAGAGGAAAUUAGGAGAUACGUUUUUAAAAAAUUAAGAAAACACUUAAAUGAAGUAUAACAACCAAAUUCUACACAGGGUAUUAGUAAUUGUAAUCAGAUAUUUCCCUACCCUUCCAAAACGAGCAAGUGGGCGCGGAAGAAGAAGGCUCAUGAUAAUUUUGUCUUUAUUCUACUUCCCGUGGAGACAGAAAUGAUGAAUUCUGAAUAAUACAUGGAACAUAAAAUAUUUCCUUCAAAUCUAUAAUUCUGCUUUGAUGAAGGAGUUUAACAUGGUGUCUUUUAUUGCUCUAAAAUACUGUUUCCUAAACUCUGUCCCUUAGACCACUCUUCUGAGAUGGUCCAAGACCCAUAGUGUUCUUUGAUAGAUUCUGAGAAGGUGAUACUGCACAUUAAUGUGUCAUGUUCUUUGAGGAGUCUAGCAGUAAAGAAAUGUUACAUGAACUUUAUAAUAAUGUCACAUUUCAUAUGUAUAGAUUAGAUAUGGAUGGACCACAAACAUUAUACUGAAGCAAUUUUAGUGCAUUACAGCACAACUUGGCAUAUGCAUUGAAGUUUUAAAUAAAUUUCUUCCCCCGUCCCCCAAAAAAUGUUACAUGAAUUUCUUUAGGUUGAAUUUCCCAAAUUAUUUGACCAUGAAACCCUUUUAUUAAGAAGAGGGGAAACCUUUUACUAUCCCACAUUUUAGGUUCUGCAAUAUGAAACUUAGGUAACAGUGUUCUGAAGUGUAUACCUAUAUAUUUUCAUGUAGAGCUCAAUUAGUGCUUAUCCUUCAUUUUUGCUGUGAAAUUAUGUUACUGAACCCAUUUUCCUUUGACUAGAAUGAGAUAUCAAAGGCAAAAGUAUGACAACUGUGGUUUGUAUAUAAAUUUUAGUCUCAUUCAUGAAGUUAUCCAUUCAUUAAAUAAUAUGGGUCAUCCCAUAUAUUCCUUGCCACAAUAUUGGGCCCAAUAGGGAAAUUAAAAGAUGGAUAGGCUCUGUCCUCAGGGAUUUUAAGGUCUAAUUUGGGAAUAAGAACAGGGAUGUGGGUGUGUGGGGGAAAAGAGUAAAUUGACAAAUAAUGCAAAGUAGGAUUUUUGCGGUCUAUAUGACAGUGAGUUUCAAAAUUUACUUUCAAUUUGCAACACAUUUAGAAAGUAUUUUUAUUUGGCUAUUCCAGAUAAUUAAAUUAUAUAGUCAGUUUUAAAAAAAUGCGUAUGGGAAGGAUUUUAAAAAGAGUUUAUGAAGGAGCUAAUCUUGCUUGUGCUUAUUACCUUGAUUUCUCAAAGAUUGUUUCUGUAUUUAUGAGAAUGAAAUUAUUUAUUUACUAUGGUUGUACUA